CUGGGGGUGUAUAGCAGACUAAAGCAUCAGCCUUCCCAGCCAACCGAGCAAUCGCCCAACACACCUCACUCCUCGUCGACACGACUCGGCAUUAAUUGCCUUACCAUUAACUUGCAACACCUGGACUACGGAACAGCAACAGGGAUACUUGACGGCCGCGUUUGUGCUGGUCGCGGUUUUCCUGCUGUCUCGCGCCUUUGCUGCCGUGGCGCAGUGCUUCCUGAGGUUGAACUAGAGAAGUUUGCAUUUGCAGCCUGCGCGAGGCGUUUGCGGACAGCUGCCGGAGAUGCGAGCUCAACGCUGCGGAUGAUUUUGGCGCAGCAAGGCGUGAGGCCCUCGCGCUGAGGGCUUCAGCGCCCUGCCAAAUGGCGUUGACAAUGGGCAGGGCGUGGGGGCUUGUCCUUCACGUCCUGUUCUUUGUUCUCCUGGGCGAGCUAUGCGGAAGCGGCCCGGGCCGGCCCGCGGCUGAAGCCAGCAAGCUGCCCAGGCAAUCCCAAAAAUAUACGCCAAUACCUUCUGCGUCAGCCAGCGGCGUUCAGGAGGUCGCAACGGAUGUGUUGCCCGACCGCUUCCUCGUAAAACUCCGGCCCAAGAGCGGCAAGUUCAGCACCCGUGGCAGCAGCAACGUUCAGAGUAGAGCCCAACAGAUUGUUGGGCGCUUACGGACCGCCAAGCUUGCGGUGCGCCUGACGCACGAGUUCAGCACCGCCUGGGAGGGCUUCGGCCUGCAGGCGGACGAUGUUGACAGCGCGCUCGCCGCCCUAGACGAGGAGUACGAGGUGCUCUCCAUCUAUCCAGUGACUUGGCUGCCGGCCCCCGACAGCAAUGUGUCGGAGGUGGACGCGGCGGCGCUGCGCGGCGUGUUCACCGUCGCAGACGCCUCGGCGCCCACCAACGGCACCACCGCGCGCCUUGCGGCCGGCGGCUUUAAGCGGCUUGAUGGUUGGGACGUUAAGGUUGGGAUUGUGGACACGGGCGUGGAUUACCGGCAUCCGGCACUGGGUGGCGGCUUCGGGCCGGGCUUCAAGGUGGCGUACGGCCGCGACUUUGCGGGCGACGCCUUCAAGCCGGGUGGCGUACCGGCGCCUGAUGCGGACCCGAUGGACUGCGCCGGCCACGGCACGCAUGUGGCGGGCAUCAUAGCGGGCAGCUACAGCUCGGCCGACUGGAGCUUCUCAGGCGUGGCGCCCGGGGUCACCCUGGGCGCCUACAAGGUGUUCGGCUGUACCGGCGGCACCACCAGUGAGCUGGUGGUGGCGGCGCUGGACGCGGCGGCGGCGGACGGCAUGCAGGUCAUCAACCUGUCGCUGGGCGAUGAGGGCGCUUGGGGCGGGCCGGUUGCAGAGGCCGCGGCACGGCUGGCGGGCCUGGGUGUGCUGGUGGUGGCGGCAGUGGGCAACGCCGGUCCCUCGGGGCUGUUCAUGCCCACCAGCGCCGCCUCGGCCAGCGGCGUGCUGGGCGUGGCCGCGGUGCAGUCACGUGCCGCGCCCGUGGCGGCCACGUUGACGGUGUCAGGCGUGCGCAGCGCGCGCGCUGCAGGCCGCGACUUUGCCAUCGCGGCUGCCUUUGGCGACGUGGGGUCGCUGGCGAAUGCCAUCGUCCGGCCUUCUGACGCCGCGCUCAUCGCCGGGGUUGCAGCGGUGCCAGGCAGCACUGCCGCCACUGGCUCCGCCGACGGCUGCUCGCCGGCGGUACUGGGCGACGUGCGCGGCACGGUGGCGCUGCUGGCGGCGGGCGGCUGCUCGGCGUCCAUCAAGGCGGCUGUGGCGGCGGCGCGCGGCGCGGUGGGGCUGCUGCUGUACGGCGACACGGACACGGUGGCGGCCGAGGUAUCGCGCGCGCCGCUACGGUCGGCACCCGGCGGCGCGGGCUGGUUGUUUCCAACCAACCCUUACGGCAUCCCGCUCAUGGUCACGGACACGCAGUCGGGUCAGGUGCUGUACGACGCCUACCGCACCAUGGCCGAGUCCCUGCAGCUGCUGUCGCCGCCGCCCUCGCCCCCCUCACCGCAGCCGCCCUCGCCCUCGCCGCCCUCGCCAUCGCCGCCGUCGCCCAAGCCCCCCGUGCCCCUGCCGUCGCCCAAGCCGGGCAGCGGCAAUGGGCCGUCCAAUGCCCUGACGCCGACCCCAGUGCCGGCCACGAUUCCGGCCCUGUCGCCCCAGCCGAGCCCGCCUCCCUCACCGGGACAGGGACAGGGACAGACAGGAGGGAACGGCGCGACACAGGGCUCUCAAGGCAGGGACUCGUCGCCGAGCAGUGCGGUCACGGCUAGCUCACCGCCCCCAAGCCCACCGCCUCCGAGCCCAGCGCCGCCUGGCUCACCCAAGCCGGGCAACAGCGGCAAUACGCCAGCUAAGUCACCAUCCCCUCCACCCUUCCCGCCACCGCCCUCUCCGUCGCCGCCAACCGGCAAGCCACCGCCCUCGCCACCACCACCCUCGCCGCCGCCGCCCGCACCCCCACCGCCCUCGCCGCCACCGCCAUCACCCCCACCGCCCUCGCCGCCGCCACCUGCGCCGCCAAUCAAGAAGUGGCCGCCUCCCAACCAGCCCCCGGAAGAGGACACCUUGCCGCCGCCAGUUGAGGAACUCUCCCAGCUCGGCGGCGACAGCCCUAGCACGAGCACGAGCGGGAGCAACAGCGGCAGCAGCGGCUCCAGUGGGAGCAGUGGCUCUAGCGGAAGCAGUGGCAACAGCGGGAGCAUCAGUGGAAGUAGCAAUGGCAACAGUGGCAACAGCGGCAAAGGCAACAGCGGUAACGGCAACAGCGGUAACGGCAACAGCGGUAACGGCAACAGCGGUAACGGCAAGGGCGGUCGCCGGCUGCGGCACCGCCUUAUGUUGGAGGAUGGCCCCCAGCCGCCUCCGCUCGGCCGCCCGGCCCGGCGGCGGCGGCAGCUGAUGCAGGGCCGGCCCAGCGAGCCGCUGCUGCCCACAGUGGUGAUGGUCACCGGCAGCCUGGCGUCGCCGUUCUCAUCCUGGGGACCGACGCCCGACCUGCACAUCGAGCCCAUGUUGGCUGCCCCCGGCGGCGCGGUGCUCUCCACUGUGCCGAUCGUCACUCGCGCCGACGGCAGCCGCAGCACCGGCUACGCCUACCUGUCCGGCACCUCGCAGUCGGCGCCCUACGUGGCCGCCGCCGCCGCGCUGUACCUGCAGGCCAACAAGGCGCGCCAGGUGUCGGCGGCGCAGGUGGAGGCGGCGCUGGUGCUCACCGCCAAGCCGCUGCCCGACCUGCGCCCCACCGCUGCCGCCGUGGACGCCGCGUCUGCCGCCUCCGCACCCUCGCCCGCCACCGCUGCCGCCGGCACCGCCGCCGCCACGCCGGCCAGCGUGCUGCGUGUGGGCGCUGGUGUGGUGGACGUGGCGGCCAUGGCCACCAACCUGGUCGACCUCAGCCCCUCCAAGCUGGAGCUGGGCAGUGGGCUGCUGGGCCGCGGCAACCUGACGUUCAACAUGGACGCAGUCAACCGUGCCGCCGCGCCCAUCACCUUCCGGCUGCUGCACCUGGCCGCGUCCACUAUUGACGGUGGGGUGAUGAUGACGGUGGACCGCAGCAUCGGCGCCGGCGGCCCCAACAACUCCCGCGUCGCGCAGCCGUUCUCGCCCGUAGAGCUGCCCUACGGCGCUGCUACCGUGGCCUUCGCCAACACGCGCGCGCGUGUGAUCGACACGGUCACGCUGCCGGGCCGCGGCCGCGUGCGCUUCCGCGUGACGCUGGGCGUGGCGGACUGGGUGGCCCCGGACGCGCAGUUGUUCCUGUCCGGCUACGUGGUGCUGGAGCCAGUGCCGCCGCCGGCCGCGGCCGCCGCCGCGGACCCUGCCGUCGCCGCCGCCGCGCUGCAGCCGCCGCUAUACGUGCCCUACAUGGGCGCCACGGCGCCGCUGGCGGACGUGCCCGUGCUGCUGCCCACACUGCCGGGCGGCAUGUCCGACCCCACCGGCGAGUGGUGGUGGGACGAAGACGCCGCCGGGCUGUCCGUCAGCGACAACUCGCCGCCCGCCGCCGCCGCGCCGCCACCGGCCGAGUACGACUCGGCGCUGCUGGACGCCGAGCCUGCGCCCAUGCCCGCGCCCAUGUUCUCCUACGCUCUGGCGGGGCCGCGCGCCUCGCUGCCGGCGUUGGCCGUGUUCCUGCAGCGGCCGCCGGCAGCGCAGGAGCUGCGGCUGCACUCGGCCACCUACGGCGGGCAGUACCUCGGCUACGUGUCCCUGACGGCGCAGCCGCUGCGACGGCCGGCGGACGGCUCGCCGCUGCUGCUGGCGUGGCGCGGCACGUACUUCGAUGUGAACCGCAAGCGCGAGGUGCAGGUAGUGCCGGGCGACUACUACUUUAUCGUGCGCAUGCGGCGGCCGGCGGCGGCGCCGGACGGGCCGCUCACGGCGGGCAGUGUGGUGCCGGUGGACGAGUGGACGUCACCCGUGUUCCGCCUGACGCGCAUCUGAGUGUCGUUGGAUGGAGGCACUGGACUGAGAUGGUCGGUGGUCGGUGCUGGUACACGAAUGAAAAUCACACGCGUAGGUAUGGUUUGGAUCCUCGCCGUCCUCAGCGGCGGGGGGGGUGGGCCAUUUGCGGGGGGUGGGCCAUUCAUUCGGUCACCAAAUAAGGCUGCGAAGAGGCUCGUGUGGGGCCCGCGCGCAUCGUGCCUUGACGUUUGUUCGUUCAUAGCGCGUUGCGUACACUCGCUGGGCACUAGAACGAAGAAUCGGUGUGAGACGAAGGGCAGGGCGGGUGGGAGUUUACGGAGGUAUGGUGGCUGCAAGCUUCGCAAGGCCGCAGCGUGGUGUGGAUGGACAAAGAUGAACAAACGCAGUGUGGUUAGAUAGCAUGGAGGCUUGGCCAGAGGUGCUGGCAUUGGUGGUCAGUGCCGGAAGUUGCAGUCUUGACAGGGUUCUGCAUCCAGUCAUGCGGCAUUCCUGCACGAUUCAGGUUCAGUUCAGACAAACGGCUGGCAUAAAUGGUCACGUCUGCGUGACGUGCUUGCAUACACUCCCGCGGUGUGCGCCUGAAGGGUGGGCGUUGCAUGGAAGGCUGUGAGGUCAGGGAUGUGGGUUGUUGGCGCGGUGAUGGUUUGUCUCUGGCACGAGUCUGUGGCCGCUACCCACGAUUGUCAUGCUGGGGUCCCCCCGUGGCCGCCGACGCACAAUUCCGCAUACCUGACCAAGCGGGCUGCUGCGCCUCACCCUUUUUGGGCAGCUACCACCCGCUAUUGAUUUUUCCUUUAAACCUCUUGAUCUCUUUUUUGCUUAGGAGUGUGUUGUCGGUGUUUGUUUGUGUGGUCUGCGCCGUUUUGAUUCUGAGCUGCUGGGUGCACAGGGAUGAGGAAGGAACACAGCAAUCCUGCACAUACAGGGUGCGCAUAACCUGCGCCAUCGUUUGCGGUGUCGCAUGAGGCUUUGGUGCCCUGGCUGCAUUGUUGCGUGUUGGUGGAUGUGCACAGGCACUGUGCAGGCAGAGUCUGGUGUUGAUGUGGGUUAGGUAAGGAGUGUUGGACUGCAGGUUUGGAACUAUGACAUCGAGCUGACACUGGACAAAGAACACAAACAAUGCGUCGCAUGUUUGACAACGGCAGGAAGUGUGCGGCUGCAAGUGAGGGGAUCAGCGGUUCGCAUCCCUUGGUUGGAACCGCAACAGAGUCUUUUUAAGUGAGUCUAUAUGUGCGUGCUGGAUAAAUGUAGCUCUUAGCAGGUUGGAGUCUGGGCAUGCACCUGGUAGAAUGCCUGCGGGGAAGGAUGGAGCUCACUGCCAGGUGUGAACGAGUCUGACAGGCGAUUGCUGUGGUAGUGGGCAGGGGCGGAACGCAGGUGUUUGCUACAACGCCGCUGAACUGGUGUAUGGCCCGUCUCUGGACUUGCAGUAUUGUUCUGGUGGUGCGUCGCAUUACACGGAUGAUUGCACCUUGUGAUGUCGCACGAUUGAUUCUUAUGAUAGGGACCAAGCAAGAAAUACAAACGAUGGCGGAUGAAUGAGAAGGCAAGGAUAGGCGCGGCAGCGGCUGCGCCUGUGUGGUCGUGAUGUGGGUCACGGCACAGACAAUGAAUGCAUGGAAUUGAUGUAGUGGAGAAUGUGGACGUUGUUGCAUUACGGCACUCCAGUUGCAUCCGUUGGAACGGAUGUCUCCUCAAACCCUUAACCUGGGAAAGUGCAUGUAACACAACCCCCCUUUCACGCUGCUUGUGCGUGUUGCGUUCUUUCAAGCACAUCCAUGAAAGCGACCAAGGGCAGGACAAACAGCGGACAGCGACACGCGUGCGAUGAUGAGGGACUUGCCUUGCUAUCCUUGCAAAAACACGCUCUCCUGCCACUUUAAAGAAAUCCUUUUGAGACUAGUUUUGGCGGUCCAUGAGCUUCCUGGCUCGUUUGGACCAAUCUACGAGCAUGAACUUGUAACAUCAAUCAAUC